UAAUCUACUUAGAUUUCCAAAGCAAUGGUUUUUAAGUGAAUCUAAAUUUCCCAGGGUCCCAUUUUGCUUUACACUUUAAAGCUCCCUCCAAAUCCCAAUAACUGAUAUAUAACAUGACUAUAUCUACAGGGAGGAACACACACAAAAUCAGAACUCAGAAGGGCAAUAAUCUCAGUACUCCUAACCCUCUCAUUUCUUUGGAGAAAAGAAAGAUACUCUGAAUCUUCUUGUCUGCCUAAGAGCAGAAAUGUUGGGUUCCAGUACAAGAUCGAUGCUUUUUCUUCUUGUCUGCAUAGGAUUACUAGCAGACAACAGAUAUAAGGUCUCAGCCAUGAGACAUACAGAGUUUUUCCUCAGACAAACACAAACAGAUAAAGCGAGAGUCCAGCCAAGUGAAAUUGCUAAUCUCAGGAGCAUCAGAUUUCAAUUCAGGCACACCCUUGAAGAUCAAGGAAUGCUCAGGAAAAACAGGCGAGUUCUUGAGGAAGUAAACAAGAGUAAAGUCAAAAAUGAAGAGACGCAAGAACAAAAGAAUAAGACAGAUGACUCAUUCCAAUCAAGCAAGAGACGUGUAAGACGAGGAUCAGAUCCUAUCCACAACAAAGCCCAGCCAUUUUCUUGAGCGGCACAAGAGAAACCAAAUACAGAAAAAAGGCAAUAUACUAUAGAAAUGCAAGAAGCAGAAGAAGAAGCAGAAGAAAAAAGGGUACAACAAUCAACCUUAUCAAGCUGGAGGUAGGUUAGUUGGUUUUUCACGAGUUACUUUUCAAGUAUAGGGUUUUGAUAAGAACACACAAUCUUGGGCUGAUGAAGCCUAUCAGUAUGCAGAAGAACAGCAUUGUCUCUUCAGAUACACCAAGAGAAUACAUAUUUGUUUUCAAGAAAUUUCCUUUUGACUAAGUCUUCACUCUUUUGUUUGCAUCAGUUCUAAGUUUCUCCACAAUUUUUCUUCUUUCUGCAUUUUCUUUCACUUCACCAAAACACAUCUUAUGUACAUAUACAAUAUCUCAAAAGUUUUGAUUUCUCUA